CAGACUCUGGUUCUUCUUUCACUAGGACUCUGUACAGACACAGGCUGGAGAGAGCUCUGCCAUCUGCUGGGAAAUCUACACCCCAGGGCGACUGAUAACAGCAGCACAGGAAAGACAAUAGCCCUACAGCAUCCUUUGACCCGGGGAACUACAUAGGCAUCAUCCAGCAGCCUCUCUGGACUACAUCCCUGUAUAAAACUGGACUUGAUGAAGCUAAGACAAUAUUAAGUCACCUUUGAAGGUCAAUAUGUUGUUAGAUCUGAAAUAUAUAUUCUGGAUAUGCUCAGCAUUCCAUCUCUCUAAUGCAUUCCGUUCAGUUAAAUUGGAAAAAAGUCCUCCUGUCAAAGGAUUAUUGUCUGGAAGAGUGACAUUACCAUGCUUCUUCUCAACAAUACCUACGCUGCCACCAAGCUACAACAUUACAACUGAAUUUUUGAGGAUAAAAUGGACAAAAAUAGAGAAAAGUAGAGAUGGAAAAGAUCCAAAGGAAACUACAGUUUUAGUUGCCCAAAGUGGUGGAAUAAAAAUUGGCCAAAAUUAUAGGGGUAGAGUGUCUGUACCUAGUCAUCCAGAAGACAUUGGUGAUGCAUCAUUAACAGUGGUCAAACUUCGUGCUAGCGACGGUGGUACCUACCGCUGCGAGGUGCUGUUUGGAAUUGAAGAUACUCAAGAUACCAUCUCUUUGGACGUUUCAGGUGUUGUGUUUCACUAUCGGGCGUCGGUAGACAAAUACAUUUUAGAUUUUGAAGGUGCCCAAAAGGCUUGUAUUGACAAUGGUGCCCAAAUUGCAACACCUGGACAACUGAGAGCGGCCUAUGAAGAUGGAUUUGAGCAGUGUGAUGCUGGCUGGCUGGCUGACCAAAGUGUUAGGUAUCCAAUCCGUAAUCCAAGAGCUGGCUGCUAUGGUGACAAAAAAGGGAAAGAGGGAAUACGAACCUACGGAAGGCGUCCAGCUGAGGAGCAAUAUGAUGUAUAUUGUUUUGUAGACGAAGCAAACGGUGACCUAUUCCACCUGCCCAAAAAGGUGACAUUUGAUGAAGCCAAAAAAGCUUGCGAGGAGAAGAAUGCAGUCUUAGCAACAGUGGGAGACAUGUAUGCUGCAUGGCGUGCAGGCUUUGACCAAUGUGAUUACGGCUGGCUAGCAGAUGGUAGUGUCCGUUACCCAGUGUCUUUGGCAAGGCCCCAGUGUGGAGGUGGCCUCCUUGGGGUGAGGACUAAAUAUCGAUUUACCAACCAAACAUACUUCCCUCAACCAAAAGAAAAAUAUAAUGCAUAUUGCGUCCAAAAUAGAAAAAAUAUCACAGAAUCAGUUUCUGUCAAGCUAAUAUUACCUACAGAAGCUAUAACGCAAAGUACCAUAAAGAAACUGGAUGUCCAACCAGUUAAUGUGACACCAAAGCCCAGAAUACCUACAGAGCAACCAGCUGUAAAAGAAACUGUUGUGCAAUCUACUUUUCCAGUAAGUUCUGUGCAGGAAGCUAGCAGUCAAGCAACUGAAACAUCAACUGACUCAGAAAAAGGCCCCCUAUUGCUCAUACAAGAACUAACAACAUUGAGUCCUGUGACGUCAGAAGAAGCUGCAUUUCAAGAAGAGGGUGGCACAAUUGCACAGACUUCAGAUACAGUGGAACCAUCACAAAGCACCAUCUUAGAGAAAACUUCAGAAAUUGAAAGUAUUCAAUCAAUUGAUGACAUAAUAGAUGAUGUACCACCAUCUGAGGCAACUCGUGAGGCCACAAUUGAAAUCCAUGUUGUAACAUCAAAACCAGAAGACACUGCAGAAACUUUCAGCACCAUUACAUUGACUAAAGAAGUCCUACACUUAAGUUCUUACUCUCCCAAAGAAACUCUAGAAGCUAAAAGUGCAGAAAUUAUUCCAACAGUUAUUCUUCCACAUGAGAUUACUGAAGACAAAGACGAAAUACCUGCAUCAUCAACUAUUGCAUAUUCUAGCAGCUCUGAGACUUUCAGUGUAUCAGGAGCAAGUUCAGAGCAGGUUAGCUUGACUACAAGGGACUCAUUAACACCACAAGAACCUGAGGUCCCCAGUAUCCAGCCUGAGGUGGAUGUAUUCACAGUGUUCAAACUCUCUGCUGACACAAGCAGGCCAUCCUCAGAGGAAGAUAUCACACUAUCUUAUGAGAAAGAGACAUCUGCAAGUCAAGUUACAGAAAUCCCAGAUAUAGAUACAGCCACAUUGUCAAAGCAAUAUGUGGAGUUCACAGAUAAAGUAGAAAAAGAGCCAGUAUUGACUUCUGAACCAGAAACUUCUACUGACCAGGUUUUAACUGCAAGAGAACAAGAUCACACUACUAGCAUACACAAAGAGGUCAUUGCAGAAACCGAGAAGCCAUCACCAGUUGAGACAGUUGCAACUGCAACAUUGUUUUUCCCAUUUGAUAAAACUGAAGGGUCUGGAAUAAUUGAAGUAGAUACUUGGUCUAAAGUGUCCAUUUUGGAUAAAACAGAAGAACCAAUUUCAGUAGCUCCCAAAUAUUUUACUACACAAGAAACUUUACAAAAAGAUUUAGAAGAUGUCACUGUGGUACCUGGAGAAAAAACAGAUGAUGCAACUAUUUCAACUGAAACAUCAUCUGCACACGUGAUCCUGACAUCUGAGAUAUCUGUUCAGUAUGCACCAGUAUCAGAGAGUAAAAAAUCAUAUACUGUUUCACCCACAACAUCUGAAAUUUUAACAGAAUCAUCAGUUACAAUAGAGAGUUUAGUAUCAAUUAAACCACUAGACUUGACUUCCGAAGGAAGUGGCCUAGGACAAGAAGGAGAAACUCCAACUGUAACAGACAGAAUCCAAGUUACAGCAGGGAAAGAAAUUGUUGCUGCUAUCACUACAGAGAAACCUACUGAAGAUGAAACCACAGAACGUUCCAUCACCAUCAGUUCCACCGUGCCUGUUAGUGUCACAAUCAAAAUGGCUGAUACAGAUUUGCAGUCAGAAGUUGAAGGAUCAUCAGAGGUAGAUGACAAAAUAGUUGUUGGCACGGUAACACUAUCAGCAACAGAGCUUCCACACAGUCAGUAUGUUACUGAAUCUGUACCGUCUUCAUCAGAAACUCCUACUGUCACAAAUCAUUCUGAUGAAGGUCACAAAUUAAUUUUAACAGAUGUUCCGUUAUCUGCAGUGACUGAUACAAUACAAAUUGCAGAAGGAAGUACUGCCUCUGAUGAGACUGUAGGUCUGCAUACAACUUUAUUACCUCCACCCAUUAGUACUCAAAAACCAGUCUUGUUUAAUGUAGAACCAGAUGAAGACACUAGUAAAGGAACAAUAGUGAUUGAGGAAUCAGUUUCUCCUGUGAAAACCACCUCCGAAUAUGAUAUGACAAGUAUAAAGGCAGAAGGAGAAAUUGAUUCAGAAUUUAUCUCAAGUGCUGAUAAACCUUGUGAGGAGUCUAAAGAUGUGUCAACAACAAGUUCUACAGAAGAUGAUAUUCAUGUACCUCCAGCUAUCAAUGUCAUUGUUGUUGAUGUUCCAGAAAACUACACAGGAUCAGUGGAACAUCUACUUCAUAAACUGGGUAUACCAGAACACAAUGCUACCGAUGAUUCCAGUCAAUAUCCUUUCAUAGAAUUUUUACCACCUAUUUUAAGUUCUUCUGAGGAGGAGACAGAUUGUGACAAUUCAACUGCUGUUGCUACGUCCCCAUCCUUAAAGUUUAUUAAUGGAAAACAAGAAAUUACACCAGAGCCAAAACACUCAAAAACAGAAGAGGCUAAAGGAGAACUGAUUGAAAGUGUUACACCAUCUUUAAAUGCAUCAGUUAUUCAGCUGAGUGAGGUUACUGAGCAAAGUGUACUUCAGACAGACACACCAGAAUAUACUUCUGUUGAAACUCAAGAACCUGAAGCAAGUGGUGACAUAGACAUUAAAAUUAAAGACUUACCAACUACUCAAUCAAUUUUACAAGUUGAAGACUUGACAUCAAAAGAGCCUGAAACAUUAUUUGAAGCUAGUUCUACACCCAAGUUGUCUAUAUUCACGGUAAAAUCAUCGGGCGAUGCAGAAUCGGAUAUUCCUCUAACAACCACUGCUAAACCAGUUAUUGAGAGUUUGAAACCAGUAACGACAGAAGGUGAAGACUUGACAUCAAAAGAGCCUGAAACAUUAUUUGAGACUAGCGCUACACCUAAGUUGCCUAUAUUCACGAUAGAAUCACCUGGUGAUGCAGAAUCUGAUGUUCCUCUAGUGACCACUGCUAAACCAGUCACUCAGAGUUUGAAACCAGUAAUAGCAGAAGUUGAAAACUUGACAUUGAAAGAGUCUGAAACAUUAUUUGAAGUUAGUUCUACACCCAAGUUGCCUAUAUUCACGAUAGAAUCAUCUGGUGAUUUAGAAUCUGAUGUCCCUCUAACAACCACUGCUAAACCAGUUAUUGAGAGUUUGAAACCAGUAAUUACAGAAGGUGAAGACUUGACAUCAAAAGCGCCUGAAACAUUAUUUGAAGUUAGUUCUACACCCAAGUUGCCUAUAUUCACAAUAGAAUCAUCUGGUGAUUUAGAAUCUGAUGUCCCUCUAACAACCACUGCUAAACCAGUCAUUGACAGUUUAAAACCAGUAACUGCAGAGUUGUCCUUUAAGCCAUCUCCAACCCAUGGACUUCCUAAAAUUGUAACACAAGACUCAAGUUCAGUAUCAAUCCUACCUACAACUAAAAUUAUUCUAAAAGAGGAUGCUUUAUCAGUUACUGAUUCACAUGUAGAGCUAGGAGUUGCAACAUCUGGUCCACUGAAACUUAAAGAAGUCCCAACUGCAUUUCUCCUUCCGGAAGGUUCUGGUGAUGUGGAUGAGACCAUCAUUAAUGUAACAUCACCGAUGCAGGUAUUUAAAGACAGUGAAGAACAUACAACACAGGCCACCAAGGAUGCAAAUAUUAUCCUGUCUGCAGUAGUGCAAGACUCUCUAUUUCACAGUACUCCACAACCCUCUGAAGAAGUUGCAGAAUCCUGUGCUACAGUUACGGAAAUAAGUGAAGAAGAAAGCAUUUUAACUAAAGCACCAGAAAAAUUGUUGUUUAAUGAAACAGAGGGGUCACCUUUAGAUUUAUCUAUUGCAGAAAUACAUACUACUGAAAUGAGUCAAACAGUAACAAAAACUACUUCUCUUGAGACCACCAUAACAAGGGGGAGUUCAGUAGAUGGUGAUGCUGUAGGUGAAUCCGUUUUAAGUACAACAUCCCAGGUUGAAACAGAAAGUAUUGAUACUGAUUCCACAGAAACAUCUUCAAUAGAUGUGAAACAUUCUAUAGAAGUAGAGAAAAUUACUGUUAUACCUGCAAAACCAGAAAUACUAACGGAUAAGGAAAUAUUAACAGAUGCCAUUACAGAAUCCUCUAUCACUAUAACAGAACAGGCUGUAGAGUCACAACCUCCAAAACAUACAAGUGCUCAGACAAUUUUUGAUACCGAAGCCUCAGGAGAUAUAAAAGAACCAGAUGAGGAUAUACUAGCUACGGCUGCACCAACAGGCAUCCAAUAUGAAUUGCUAGAUAAAGAAACUACAGCAAAGUUUGAACCGCUGGAUAAAGAUACUGAAACAGUACGAGAUCAUGAAACAUUCUCUACCUUAGUUCCAAAGACAACUGUAAAAGAUGGUAUAUAUGGUGUAUUUGGAUCAGGUGAUAUUGAAUCAACUACUGUAGAUGAUGCCAUAAUAUUUAGUACUCCAAGAGCAAAACUCACUGCAAGUGAUCAGAGAACAUCAUCUGUAGAAGAGACUUUUACUCCUAGGGUCACAAAAGAUUCAGUCUCAGAUACUAUCAGCACCAUAUUUCCUUUCACAAUUGAGGGCUCUGGAGAGGAGGUAAUUUUUACUACUAAGCCUUUUGAAGUUGAAAAAAGUGAAACGGAUACUUCCGAAAUCUAUGCCACAACAUCUUCUAUUACUUUUGAGGAGCCCAAAAAAUUAUCAUCUGAAACAAAGGAAGACUUUUUUGGUUCUGGUGAUUUUCAAUCAACUCCUGAUACUAGUUCUACAAGUCCUCUGAAAGAACUUCAGUUUGAAACAGAGACAGAAAAGUUGUACGAAACAGUAUCUAGUUUACCAUUAUCACUUUCCACUGUAACGUCUGAAUCCCCUGAGAGUGAUAAAAUAGAAGUCACAUCAUCACCCGCUGUUUCCGAUACUAAAGCCACAGUUUCUAUCACCACAUCUCCAUUUGCUGAAGAAGGCUCAGGUGAAGAAGAGAAGGUGCUUACAGUUUCAUUUAUAACCAGUUCUGAAUCUGAAACAAAACCAGAACUGGAAGAUACUACUACAGUUUUGCCAAGUAUAGAAAUAUCUAAGAGUGCAGACGAAUCAGUAACUGAAUUUGAACUAGAAACAUCUUCAACUAAGACACCACAAGUGAUUAUUCAGUUAAGCACAGGAGAACCUGGAUUAUCAGGAAGCUUGGAGUCAAAGCUUACAGCUGUGUCCACCAUCAGUCCUUCAGAGGUGAUCACAGAGAUCAGUUCUCAGCUGAUAGCCACUAGCGACACAGCCAGCUCUGAAUAUGGCUCAGGUGGAGAUGAGGAUAUUCUGUUUACAACCUCUUCAAUUAGAACAAGUACUGAAGGUGCUAGUGCUAUGCCAAGUGAGGAAUCCAUACUAAGCUUGAAAACACAAACCAGCUAUGCCACUGUAGACAUAGUAACUACUGGUUUACCAUUUACUGAUCUUGGGUCAGGAGGCUCAAGUGUCACUUUUGAAACUUCUUCAAGUAAACCUGAAACAGUCUUCUCAACUACAGAAGUAGAAGAUUUACAAACUUAUACCAAAUCACUCCAGCUAAAGGAACAGAUCAGCACAUCACAAUCAUUUGUUGACUCUGGUUCUGGAGUAGAGGAAGAUUUGCUUAGUACAACUGCUCCCAGUGGUGAAACUGAAAUAAAACAGACCCGGCAGCCACAGCUUUCUGAUCCUGUUAGCACAGAACAUGAAGAGAAAUUUGAAACAGGCUCAUCUAAAGUGGAGAUAGAAACAAGUAGCGUAAUCACAGAUGAACCUGAAGUCAUCAUAGAGCAUAGCACUGUCUCAACUCUUCAGAAACACUUCAGCACUGAAUUUCAUGAUUUAGGCUCUGGUGACUUGGUAGAGAUUUCACGUGCUGUACCAACAUCAGCCAUUGAGCCUGAAAAAGUAUCUACAGUUAGCUAUGUUGAUAGCCCUAAAACUGUAGAACUUCAGCUGAUUUCUGAAAAAUCUGAAACAUUACAACCUGAGCACACUUUAAAACCAGAUAUAACAUAUGCAGUAGAUGUGACUGAAACUACCAAGGUUUAUACUGAUGAAAGCACAGCAACCUCAGAUUAUAUACCAAAGAAACUAGAAAAAAAUGAUUCUCAUUUUGAUGGUUCAGGAGAGGAGUUAGAAACACGCACAGGUUCUUUUAUUGCAACCUAUGUUUCAGAAGAGCAUGUUAGCACAGUAACUGUACCUGCAACAAAGACUGAUUUUGUUAGUGAUUUGCAAGAUUUAACCCAAAAACCAGAGGUGCCAGUAUCACUAAUCAGUCUUAGCCCCAGCAUAUCUCAGCUAUUAACAGAUAAAACAAAGUCAUUUACAGAAGCAGUUUUGCAAACCAAUGUGGUAACUACAUCCCCUAUAAGUGUUGAAGAUGAAAAAGAGUUCAUGAUUGGUACUGGUAAAACAUCUAGUUUAGAAGUAAUAGAAGAAAGUACUAUUAGCAUAUGGGGUCUCUCACACCUUAAUGACACUAUAAGCGAAGUAAUUAGUUCUACACCCAUUCCAUCUGAAUUUAUUGUGGAUGAUAAAUCUAGUACACAAUUUACAGAAGAACUCCAAUCAUCUACUUUGGAGUCAGAUGAUAGCUUAAAGGCAACUGUCACUAUACCUCAAGAGAAAGUUGUUUACACUGAAAAAUUUGAUGUCGAAGGCUCUGGUGAAUUCAUUUCUGAUAUCCGUACACCUGCAACAAAACUCUACACUUCAACACAAGUGGAUCUCACUGAUUUGAAAUCAACUUCACCCAGUAGAGAAGACCAAGAAAGUAUCACACCUAUUUCACAACACUUGACCGAUGACCAUUUUCCAGAAAGUUCAACCUUGGAUUCGCCAUCAGCCAUACAGUACACAGCUACUACUUCAGUACCACUUGAAGAAACAGUUGGUCAUGAUAUUUAUGUUACAGAAACUAUAGAUAAAGGUACACAUUCAUGUGUGCAAUCCACAGCUGAGCCAGAGAGAACAGAACCUACAGAGCUGUUUACAGAGCAAACUUCUGGGGAUGAUAUAAUUACUGAAGAACCAAUUGAUGCUAAAGUUACCACUCUUAGUUCCAUUAAAACAGAUGGUGAAUAUACUACAAUAUCUCCAGAGACACUACAACCAUAUCAUCUAACUAAGCUUUCAACUUCACAACAAACUGAGGUUUAUGUACAAGAAGAACUAAGUUCUGGAGAUGAGACACAUACUGAGGAACCUAUUGUAGUUAAAGUUACCACUGUAAGUUCAGUUAGUGCAGAUGCUGAUUCUACUACAAUAUCUCCAGAGACAUUACAACCAUAUGAUCUAACUAAGCUUUCAACUUCACAACAAACUGUGGUUCAUGUACAAGAAGAACUAAGUUCUGGUGAUGAUACACAUACUGAGGAACUUAUUGUAGUUAAAGUUACCACUGUAAGUUCAGUUAGUGCAGAUGCUGAUUCUACUACAAUAUAUCCAGAGACAUUACAACCAUAUGAUCUAACUAAACUUUCAACUUCACAGCAAACUGAGGUUCAUGUACAAGAAGAACUAAGUUCUGGUGAUGAUACACAUACCGAGGAACCUAUUGUUGUUAAAGAUACCACUGUAAGUUCAAUUAGUGCAGAUGCUGAUUCUACUACAAUAUCUCCAGAGACAUUACAACCAUAUGAUCUAACUAAGCUUUCAACUUCACAAGAAACUGAGGUUCAUGUACAAGAAGAACUAAGUUCUGGUGAUGAUACACAUACUGAGGAACCUAUUGUAGUUAAAGUUACCACUGUAAGUUCAGUUAGUGCAGAUGCUGAUUCUACUACAAUAUCUCCAGAGACAUUACAACCAUAUGAUCUAACUAAGCUUUCAACUUCACAACAAACUGAGGUUCAUGUACAAGAAGAACUAAGUUCUGGUGAUGAUACACAUACUGAGGAACCUAUUGUUGUUAAAGUUACCACUGUAAGUUCAAUUAGUGCAGAUGCUGAUUCUACUACAAUAUCUCCAGAGACAUUACAACCAUAUGAUCUAACUAAGCUUUCAACUUCACAACAAACUGAUGUUCAUGUACAAGAAGAACUAAGUUCUGGCGAUGAUACACAUACUGAGGAACCUGUUGUUGUUGUUAAAGUUACCAGUGUAAGUUCAGUUGGUACAGAUGCUGAUUCUACUACAAUAUCUCCAGAGACACUACAACCAUAUCAUCUAGUUGAGCAUUCAACUUUACAACAAACUAAGGUUCAUUUACAAGAAAAACUAAGUUCUGGUGAAGAGGCACAUACAGAGGAACCUAUUGUUGUUAAACUUACCACGCUAAGUUCUAUUAGUACACAUGCUGAUUCUACUACGAUAUCCCCAGAGACACUACCACCAUAUAAUCUAGUGGAGCUUCCAACUCCACAACAGACUGAGGUUCAGGAUGCCACAUUAAGUGAAAUGACAGAUGAUUUAUCUGUCAUGGAAACCAGAACAAUCACAAGUGAUGAUGAUUUCCAGCAACAGACAACACAAUUUCCAGUGAAGGAAAGUAGUGUUAUCCAGUUCACAACAGCUGGAGCAGUAAGUUCAGAUGUCAAGAAAAAAACCACUGUGCUUCUUACUGAUAUAUUCGAGGGUUCAACAGAAGGAUCUGGCUUAGAACAACCUUCAACAGCUACAGAUGCAACCCACCAGCCAGAUCAAACAAGCAUGUUUGCUUCUACAUUUCCUGUUACCACUCAGAAAGAUGGGAUAUCAACCAGCUUACCAAGUGCAGAAAUCACAGGAGCUAUUUCAUCCACCAUACUAAUAAUUGUUAGCAAGGAUUUGGAUGAGGUGACAACAGCUGACUUAAAAAUAUCUGAAUUGCCUAGGACUAAAACCACAUUGGAAUCAGCUAUAGAUGAGCCUAAAGUUGGUCAAGAAACAACAGAAGCAGAGCAAUAUCCCACAAUUAAAGAACAGACUAAGCAGGUCAAGGUUCAACCUACACCAAAUAUUCUUUCUGUUGAGGACUUUAGUCAAAUAUAUGAAGACUUAACAAGUUUAGGUGCUGAAGAUGACAAAGUUCAGUCCACCUCAACAAGUACAUCUAUUGAGCACUCCACUGAUUCUGCAACAGUAGAGGAGAAAUUUGUCACAGAUCUGCAAGAUGUGGAUUUUGUAUCUUCAGCCAGUCCUAAAGUCACCACUGAAAUAACUAAAGGUGAAUUAUUUAGCACAGAAUAUUCAACAACAGAUACUGAUGUUGUGGUUGAAACCUCUAAGCAACCAGAAGUAUAUGUAACGGAAAGUAUAAAGGAAAUUGUCCACUCAACCGAAGAACCUAAAGAUCCUGUCACUGUCAUUCUUGUCAAUGGAGCAUCAGAUUACACUGGAAAAAUUAUUCCAAGUACUUUACCUUCCUCCGGCAAUGAAACUGACCAUGUUGUCAUAGGGCAAGAAGCUAGCGCAGAUAUUACUGCUACUUACAAACCAGUAGGUGCUGAAGAAGACAAAGUUCAGUCCACCUCAGCAAGUACAUCUAUUGAGCACUCCACUGAUUCUGCAACAGUAGAGAAGAAACUUGUCACAGAUCUGCAACAUGUGGAUUUUGUAUCUUCAGCCAGUCCUAAAGUCACCACUGAAAUAACUAAAGGUGAAUUAUUUAGCACAGAAUAUUCAACAACAGAUACUGAUGUUGUGGUUGAAACCUCUAAGCAACCAGAAGUAUAUGUAACGGAAAGUAUAAAGGAAAUUGUCCACUCAACCGAAGAACCUAAAGAUCCCGUCACUGUCAUUCUUGUCAAUGGAGCAUCAGAUUACACUGGAAAAAUUAUUCCAAGUACUUUACCUUCCUCCGGCAAUGAAACUGACCAUGUUGUCAUAGGGCAAGAAGCUAGCGCAGAUAUUACUGCUACUUACAAACCAGUAGGCUUUCAAUCAAUUGAUGCAACAGGAAGCCCUCCGGAACCUGAAGAGGGGGCUACACCUGGUCCUUCAUUGCUGAUUUACUCUACAGAAAGUAUUGCGGUAGUACCAGCUGACCCAGAUUCUCCUACCUCUCUUCAGCCUGGGGAGCAAAUUCAAGAGACUGAAAUAGUGGAAACAGGAACUGAAGAUACUCCUUAUGAGAGAGUAACACCACUUCCAGAUCUUGACAUCCAGAUUUCCACUAGUAAUAAUGUUGAUGGAACUGAAAUUCGCAUAACAACUCAAGAUCCUUGCAGGAUAAAUCCUUGUCAGCAGGGAGGAACAUGCUAUGCUCGUGGGGCUUCCUCAUAUGUCUGCACAUGCAUGCCUGGAUUCACUGGAGAGCUAUGCGAAAUCGACAUUGAUGAAUGCCAGUCAAACCCCUGCCGUAAUGGAGCUGCUUGUUUUGAUGGCAUUAAUUCGUUCAAGUGCAUGUGUCUCCCCAGCUACAGUGGAGCGCUUUGUGAACAAGACUCAGAAGUCUGUGACUAUGGCUGGCACAAAUUCCAAGGCCAUUGCUACAAGUACUUUGCUCACCGACGCACUUGGGAUGCCGCUGAGAGAGAAUGUCGUGUACAGGGAGGUCACCUAACCAGCAUCCUAUCACAGGACGAACAAAACUUUGUGAACCGCUUGGGCCAUGACUACCAGUGGAUUGGUCUGAAUGAUAAGAUGUUUGAGCACGAUUUCCGCUGGACUGAUAGCAGCACACUGCAAUAUGAAAACUGGAGGCCAAACCAACCAGACAGCUUCUUUUCUGCGGGUGAAGAUUGUGUUGUAAUUAUUUGGCAUGAGAAUGGACAGUGGAAUGAUGUACCCUGCAACUAUCAUCUCACAUACACCUGCAAGAAGGGAACAGUUGCCUGUGGACAGCCACCUCUUGUUGAAAAUGCUAAGACUUUUGGAAAGACCAAACCGAAAUAUGAAAUAAAUUCCAUGAUCCGAUACCACUGCAAAGAUGGGUUUAUUCAACGGCAUAUGCCAACUAUACGAUGCAGAGGGGAUGGAAGGUGGGAUCUACCUAAAGUCACAUGUAUGCAACCUUCCAUUUACCAAAGGACUUACUCCAAGAAAUAUUACUACAAAUUUAGCCCACCCGAGAUGAGGACUCCUCUAAACACACCUAAACAUCUUCACCGUUGGAGCAGGACUUGGCAGGAUUCCCCUCGCUGAAUGCAUCGGACUUCUCUUGAAUGGACAUCCUUUCUGCCAAAGUCCUAAAUUACAGUGCCUUUCUUUCGAAUUUCAAGAAGCAUUAUCUAGCUGAUCAGAUCAUGGAUGUAUUGGACAAUGGCAUCACUCAGACAACAGAAGAAAACACGAACAUUUUGUAAUCAAACAUUAAAAACGUAUAGGGAACUAAAGAGAUGUAAGAGUAAUAUCCAGCCUACUAGAAAUUGUACUGCUAGUAUGAAAUAUAGUGUAUGUCACCAAGGCAAGCAAACAUUGUAUUAAUGCAAGCUUAUGUUAAUAUUUAAGCAGCUUGACCCUAGCUCCGAUGACUUAUGUAAAUAAGAUGAUCUAAAUAUGUUUUCUAAUCAUGUAUAUAAAAUUGAAUAGUCAUACUAAAGUCAGGCGUAUUUAAUAGCUGCAAUAUGGCUUAACUGUUAAAUCACUAAAUAAAGCCAAUACUAGUUGAUCAAGGCUGGAGAAAACCUAAAACCUUGGCGUGAAAAAAAAAAACUGUGCCACACGAAGCAUUUUUUUAAAUUGGUGCAUUAUUAUGACUUGUGCCAUAGAACAUUAUUAUUUUUAGUGUUGUGGAAAAAAA